AUGCAAAAGAGCGAUUCCGAAGGACGUGAUCUUGUCCAUACGGCAUGUUGUAGAUGUUCUUCAAGGAAAGUUGAAGGCGUGAAAGAACUGUCUCUUUUGGCUCCACACUGUGUUGGACUUCCGUUAAAACUUGAGAUUCAGCUUGGGGUGCAUCACCUUGCAUUUCGGCCAGCAGCUGAAAUGGGAUCGAACUCGAGUAUCAGGGGGAUAGUAACCAUCGUCCUAUUGAAUUUGACAUUAUUGCAAGCUCACCGGGAACAUAAGGUCCACAACAUAGUCCUGUAUCCGGACAAGCACAGUUGGUGCAAAACAACUCCGAUAAAGCAGGUAGUGACUUGGCCGCAGUGUUCGUCCCAAGAAUUGGACAACAAUGUCUGUGUUGGAGCCUGCUUUUCAUACAUGGUUCCUCACAGUGAACCCUCCGCCCCCGGGGACCUGAUAAGGCCCUACUGCGAUUCAUGUCAGCCACUUGACAGCGUUUGGCAUACGGUGACCUUGAACUGCAAAGACGAAGACAACAACCCAACGACGAUGCUAAAGAAGGUCCAAAUAAUAACAAACUGCUCGUGCAGUUCUUGCAUGGAAACAUCGAAGAUAAAGCCUGACUAUAACACUCUCCUUCAUUCGCUAGCUGAUGAUACCAUCGAGGAAAACGUGAACCACAUCCAUGAGACCCCGGACCUGCUCCUGAACCCGAACCUCAACUCUUCGAGGAACGUCACCAAGGACGGAGUCGAAGCCAAUGAGAGGUUUAUGCAGUACUUCAAGCUGCUGAAGGACUCUGAGAAGCUGGACGAGGCGAACGCCAAAGAGCUGCUCACAAAGCUCGAGGACAACAUGGACCUGGAGAACCUGCGCGAGCUCCUGAAAAAGUACAGCCUGGAGGAGCACCACAAGCAUCACCACCACAAGAUCGUCGUUGAAGAGAACCACGAGGAAGAAACGGGUCCUGCUGGUGAUUCGGGUCCAGAAGCUCAUCGGGAGGCUGACCCAGAUCCGGAGAUCGAAAGCGAAAACCAUCAUCAUAGUAGUCAUCAUUUAGGGCCGCAUCACUCAAUUGUUCUCGAGUCAGAUGUUAAAGAGAAAAUUGACGUAGAACCUCAUUACUUGCAUCCCGCGGUUGCGGGCCAGGAGAUUAGUUAUCAUGACAAUGUUUUAGUGGACAAGACUAAGGAAAAGAAAGAUUUCUAG